AUGGGAAACACCAAGUCAACUCUCAGCCGUGACGAACUUGCCCACUGGGCAAAUGAUCUUCACACUCUCGAGGCUAUCAAGGACGAACUCAAGAGUAGGCAAAGAAGAUCGACAAGAGACAAGUCCAAGUCUUGCAGCUCCAAAAAGAGCAUCGAGUUGGAAGAAAUCGAUAACAUUUAUCAUUUGGUAAAAUCUCUCAAACGUGAUGGAAAGGAAGGGCGAGAGCUGUUGGAGAGGUUCGUGAAGGCGCAGGCGGAUCUAUUGCCGGAAAAGGCUUUCCCUGUCAAAUCAAUUUCCGUCCAUCGGUAA